AUGGUGGUUGCACUGUCUGACCCCCCCCCCGCCCCCUGCCCUCGGUGCUGUACACCGAUUAACCAGAAAGAUGACGACGACGAGUGGGUGUUGAGCAUCUCCUCAACAGAAAGCUACGGACCCGACGAGAAGCCCCUGCUGGUUUGGGGGCAGAUGGUUGUAUACGACACGAAAGAGGAAACGGCCGAAUCCCUGUGCCCGGACGCAGACGCCGCAGGGUAUGUUCGUCUCAUCCGUGCCCUCAACCACGAGGGGUUGCAAGCUACCUGUCUUCCCGAGAAGGAGUUCUUGGGUUCGCAGACUAGUGCUCUCUACCUGUGGGUCGACCCCACGUGUCCGGUGUACUACGCGAAAUGCGCGCCGGAUGAAGACUGCCGCUACCCAGUAGUGUUUAGUACGUGUCUGCCGCAAGACGUGUCUAGCUAUGACCGGAUGACUGGCGUGUGGAAAGUAGGGGCGAAUGGCAUUGCUCAGGAUAGCGGCAAUCCUGGCUUCCCCAUCAGGGAUAGCGGCAAUCUUGGCUGCCCCAUCAGGGUCCAGAUGAAGAAGACUAUUCAGGCUACGAGGGGCUCCCGCCGACUGCACCCAGUCCGCGUUGUGACACCCGCCAGCCACGAGGUCUUCGUUGUUACCUCCGACUGGGCUGAGGAAGAACACUCCAACGCAGACGAGAUACGCGCCGGACAACUCUCGGUUGUGCCGGAAACCCAGGCGUCUGAUGUCUCGGAGGUCGAGGACACUACUGAUGAUGUCCCUCCCCGUGACAACAACGGGAGUGGCCAUGUGGACGGAGUGCCAGUGCAGGGGGAGAAACACUCGACGAAGGACGACGACGUCGACAAGGAGAACGCGGCUGCCCCUGCAAUCGCGACCGAGAAGACGGCGCGAUAUCUCGUCGUGCUGCUAACCCGACCGCGGGGUCUUCUUCAGUACAGCAACCCCACAACACCAGGGGCUCUUCAAAGAAGAGGGGACUAA